GCGAAGCUGUUAUGGACGACGAAAUGUUAAACUCGAUUAAAGAUAUUUCGAGCGGGAAUUUGAUUUACACGUCCAAUAACGCAAAACUCGAUAAUAUAUCACCCGGAAAACUAUGGAGAAACUCAAUGUUAAUCACCAUUAAUAAAGGCUUACCCAUCAUGAAGUCAGAACAUUUUGUUACAGACAAAGAGGAAGACAAAGCGAGAAAUCUACCCUCUGCUGGAUCAAAAGAAACGUUAUCAGGAUAUACUGGAGCUACGCUGUUGUUGAAUGACAUUGAGAAGGGCAUCAUCAAGUCAAACCCUCCUUUGAAAACACACGGCAACAUAAGAAAGUGGCAGGGCGGUUUGAAAUUUGAUGGAAAAACUGCUUGGGUCAAUGCUAAUAUACUCGAUGUUGCCUACUUGGCGCAUCCUUCGUUAGCUACUGAUGGCUUUGCAAUUGGGUUCAAGCUCAUGUUCGACAGCUCGAUCGUGAAUAUCUCGCUACCGAAAUACAUCCUUGAUUCAGGGGGCACGGAUGGACAGGGUGUGAGUGUUUUUAUAGACGAUGCGAAGAUGUUUGUCAUCGUGGCUGACAGUAAAAAAAUGUGGCAGGUGAGCACAACUUUGUAUGCAGACGAAUGGAUGUACAUAAUGUUCGGAUGGAAACAAUCAAAAGGUCUCUACCUCUACAUCAACGGAAUGAAAAAGGGUGAAGAUGCCACACCCACCCAGAGCACCUCCCCAGAUGUUAAAUCAAAUGACGUCAUCAUUGGUGCAAAUCGGAAACAAGAUGUGGAUUCUUUUAUGUUAAUGUACAUCGCUGCAAUUGAUAUUACCCCGAAUUUCCCCGAUACGAAAGAACUCUUGGAGUUUUCUCCCCCGGUUUUCAAGCCGCAUUUUGUUUUAACGUUCUCUUCAUUAAAUGGUGACUCCGUUCGAAACUAUCCUGAUUUGAAGGCGCAUGGUACAGUGAGGGAGAGCAGGGGAGUGUUACAGUUUGAUGGUGUUCAUGCAUUUUUACAUGACACUGGUAAAUUUGCAGACACUUUUAUUAUGAUGCCCAGCUUAGAUCCAGCUGGCCUAACAUUUACCGUAAAGUUCAAGUUCAAUCGAAACAUGCUUGAUGCAAAGGACGAGAAAUUCAUAUUGGACAUUGGAGGGUGGCUAGGCCAUGGUGUGUCAUUGUUCGUUCAUGACAGCCUGCUGACUGCUGUUGUCGGAAGUACACGCGUCUGGGUGGUUCAAACACCUGACUCCUCGUUCACAUCAUGGUGCUUUGUUUUGAUCACGUGGCGUGACGAUAUGGGAUUAUAUUUGUAUAUAAAUGGUGCGCUAGUAGCGAAGAAGAAAUCUUAUAGAUAUCUUAUUCAAGAAUACAAACCUUUCGAUAGCCUUACUGUUGGUUGCAGUAUUCUAAAAAGUGCUGCAAGUUUCGGUAGAUUCCAGUUAGCAAUGAUUUCGUUUUUUCCUACGUACACAACCAUUGAUGAGCUGAUGAAGUUUUCGCCUCCACUUGUUUUGAGGCCGACGUUUGAUUGGUUCUUUAUGCUGCUGCAGAACAAUUCAACUCUGACGUCACCACCGUUAAAAGUAAAUGGCGACGUAAGAUCGAAUGAAAAUGGACUAACGUUCGACGGAAGAAGUGGGUGGUUAAAUGCUGGUAAUUUGCAAGACUCAUCGGAAGAAAGCGCGGAAAUUGUAUGCGAACACUACCAGAAAGGGAUCACGUGUGAACUAGGUCAAACAAUAAAAGUGGCAUACGCCAACUACGAGCGCACAUCAGAAAUUCCAUGCCAAGGAAAACGAAAGUACAUCACGACGAGUUGUAAAUCGAAAAAAUCUUUAGCAGUCGCAAAGUCACUUUGUAAUGGCAAGAGGGCGUGUCGUUUGAAGGCGUUAAAUUCUGUGUGGGGAAAUGCUUGCCCGGGCGUCAUUAAAUAUUUAGAUAUUAGAUAUCAAUGUAUUGGUGACAUUCAACAAGAUGGAAAAGCCCAACAUGGAGCCCACUUCUUGACCAAUCCAUCCUUGACAAAGAAAGGUAUUACUAUCGCCAUAAUAGUGAGGCUAGAUCAGGAAGUCGAAAGAUACGUCAAGCCGCACUAUCUAGUCGUUUCUGGUGGUAGUCAAGGCAGCGGUGUAGCCGUAUACUUGAAUCUGUUCUGUGAAAUAUCCACAAGAAAUAAAACCUGGAGUCUUAACACACCAGUUGAAAGUGAUGAUUGGUUGUAUAUUCUCCUAACAUGGAGCAAAAGUCAAGGAAUGGUGUUGUAUAUUUACGGCGUUAUUCGAAGUGUGUGUAUUCGUCCGGAGAAAACCGUGCAAACCAAUCAAAACAAAGGCGCGGAUAUUUUAGCGAUUGGUAAAUCAACAGCCAAUGAAAGCGAUACUUUCGCUCGUUUCCAGAUCACUUUGUUUACAGUUCUGAAAACGUUCACACCAAAGAGCGAAAGUUUUCGCACUUUUGCGUAUUAUGUUGGUAGAGCAAUUACGAAUGCUUUUGAAACUGCCUCGAUGAGUCAAGAAACUGUACUAAUAUGCGAAUACCAAUCGAGAACAAUAUCUUGUCCAGCCGAUCAAGUUAUCGAGAUUGUCUUUGCCAAUUUCGGCCGUACCUCCUCGCGGCCGUGCGCUUGGGGAACUCACCACCAGACGAAUUGUACGUUACCGAACGCCAUUACGACAGCGAGAGAACGUUGCAAUGGUUUGAAUUCAUGCGAGUUGAUUGCGAAGAAUUCUAUGUGGAAAGGUAACCCGUGUCCUGGAAUCAUCAAAUACGUCAAAGUGAAGUUUAUUUGUGAUGAAGUUGGUCCAGAAGCCGUGACUAAAUCAUCAUACAUUGGCAACGAAGAUCCCAACUCACUUGUGAUACCAUAAAACGUGUCAUUUUUUACCCAAAAAAAAGUUUGACUUUGCAAGAUGACUUAGGAGACCUAGGGUUUAAGUUGUAAACAUUGUAAAAACAACAAAAAAGUAUAUAAGAUGUUGCUAUGGAAACAAGACAUCAGAUCGAACAGAAGUUGUAGUGUUCGUGACAACCUGCAAUAGAAGCGGUUGUCUUCUUAAAACGGCGAAUUCAUAACAAUGAAAAGUUUUCGCGCAAUUCGAAUGUACUAUCAGUAAAUGCCAUCACAGAUCCUUAGUAUAAUAUUAGUUGAUUAUUUUUGUAUAUUCAUGUAAAUUCACAGAUUGAUGGACGACAAUAAAAAACAUUUUACCAUUGGGCGACAAAUAUACGGACCCGCAGUUAUAAUAUUACACUGUAUAUUAUAUAUGUUUAAAAAAUAAAAUAUUUAGAAUUUCUAUUUAACCACCA